AGCAGCUCUCAGUGCCACCCAGGCUGAAAGCAUCGGAGCUAUUUCAGACACAUUAAAAGGAUCACAGUCAAUAUCUCUGCUGAUAGAAGAAGGUACCUCUUCCGGCAUCAAAAGGAGGUGUAUAUACUCACUUCACGGGAUACGACUCUCUCGUAAAAAUGUCAAAACAACCAGCAUCACAUGUCAAGGCCAUUCAGGCUAAUAUUAACAUCCCAAUGGGAGCGUUUCGACCUGGUGCAGGUCACCCUCAUAAAAGAAAAGAAUUUACACCUGAGGUGGAAGAGAGUGUUCCUGCUUCCACAGAGGAGGAGAAAGACAAGAAACAUCUCCCAGGAGCUAAGAAACUUCCAGGCCCUGCUGUCAACUUAUCAGAGAUUCAGAACAUUAAGAGUGAGCUGAAGUUUGUCCCCAAAGCUGAACAGUAGUUGAAAUAAGCAGGUCUAGCGAGAGAAACUGAACAUGUUCCAAUGAAUGGAGAUUGUUUCAAAUGUUUUAUAUGUUUGUACGAAGAAUAUGAACUUCCUAAAUCUGCAGUACCCCAUAACAAGCAUCUACAGUUAUAUCAACACUUUUUUGUCCAUUUUGCUUAACAUACAAAAGUACUGAAGAAAUAACAUGAUACAAAGCACAAAACAACAAGCAGUGAAUGUAUAUAUAUUCAGGAAUGAUUUUGAUCUACAAAAUUUGAGGCAGAAAUUGGAAGUUAGAACAAAAGUGAAAUACUU